AUGGCAAACCUAAAGCCAAGUUUGUUUCUGAUUAUAGCCAUGGUAGUUGCAUCCUUAGAGUUCAAUCACACUCGGUGGCAACAGAGCAUGUCGUCGGCGAUUCCUUCGGCUGGGCAGUGCCACAAAAUGCCGGUUUCUAUUCUAUGUGAAGUAACGAAGGAGGCAUACGACACGUGCGACACCCAAAAUCUAAUCUCAAUCCAAACCACCAGCCCCGCUAGAUUUACCAUAAACAAUGUCGACAACCACUACUACAUCUGUACCGUAGGCUUGCACUGCAAGUCCUUUUUGAAAUUAGCGAUUAGGGUUUCCGUUCCUAACAAUUCGUCUGCAAUGUUAUCUCACUGA